AUGAGAGUGAGAGAAGAAGCAGCGGCGGGGGGGGCAGGGGAUGGACUGGGCGCAGACGCACCGGCCGGCAGAAGAGAUGACACCUCACUGCAAGGCACAGCAACUACCACCACAGCUGCAAGAGAAGCAGGAGGAGGUGUGACAAUGAGAGCAGUGCUCCCGCGGUCCAUCGAUGCCGCCGCCUCUGUCUUCAACCUGGCUUUCUUGGCGGUCACAGAGGCCGCAGCUGCACCAUGA